GGAGUUCAAUUAGUUAUAAAUCAAAAAGUCGAUGAGAACGUAUACACAGUGCACAUAUAUGAACUCAUGCCAUCAUCCAAAGCUCUGAUAUUUUUGGUUCGACAGAAAUCCUGUAGGUUAAGCCCGAGGCCAAUUAGGCGUAGGCGGACUUCUUCCAGACUACAAGGACACAAUAUCCAUUUCGCAAGUUUUCAUUUUCUAUUUGACGUUGGCUGUUUAAUCAUUUUUAUUUUCAAUAUGAGAUUUAGAUUUCUUGGAGAUGUGGACUGCCCAGAUUGGCUUCUUGCUGAAAUUUAUAGUUUAUCACAAAUGUCUGCUUCCAAAAUAAAAAGCCUGGGAACACUUGUUGUGAAAUCAAUCAUUGAUGGAGAAUUGGAUGAAGAAAAAUUCAAAAAAAUUGCUCAAGACUCUAAACUAGAAAUUGAUGAGCUGCAAGCUCUGACUGCUGCCAUUCGAAAGAUCUUUAUAUCGUCAUCAAGGAAUAGCGUAUUAGCUGCUGACCUCAGUGAUGAAUUGCAACAACUAGGAUUACCACGAGAACACAGUGUAAUUAUUUCUAGGCUGCACACAGAUAAUUGUGCACAAAUCACUGCCAUACUCACAGAAAAAUCUUUAAGGUUAAGUAGACUUGUAUCAGCAGAGGUUGAACCUUGUAAUAGCUCUUCUCCAUUUGCAAAACUGACCAUUGAAACAUCAAGUGUUCAAGAUGGUGAAAAGCUAAAGACAGAAAUUAAUAUUCCAAAAGACUCAUUGGGAGGAAUACUUACAGAAUUGAAAAACAUAAGAUCUGUUAUGGAGCAACUAAAACAAUGAUUUUCAUUUUUUUCUACCCUAAUAGAAAUGCACAUCAGUAUCUAUACUUUUUCAUUAUCAUCAAAAGAAUUGAUUUACAUGAUGAAUAAUAUUGUAAAUGUAAUACAGAACUAUCAAAGCCUGUAAAAUAGAAAGAUAUUUCGUACAAUUUCAAAUGAUCUAUAAAAUGGUUUUUCCUUAUUCAAAAAUAUUUCUGUUCUAGUAAAACCCUCUUUGCAUAUUGAAUAAACAUUUUUUCAAGUAUCAGA